CGCCGCCGCGACCGCGAGCGCGCGCGAGUCGAGGUGUGUCCGUCGCGCGAGGUGGAGGGGAGAACUUCUAGGCGGAGUCCGUCCGUUCGUCGUUUAGUGAUGUGUUCAGAAUGGAAUUCGGCUGAAAUUACGCGAACGCGGUCUUAAGUUUCGCUUCGUGUUGUGAGUGGACGAGCACUGACCAGGAAUAACAGUGCCCAGCCCAGCGGUUCGUUGCGAGAGUGCGUCGAUUUGAGACGGAGCAGCAAAAUGGACACGGGGACGCUACCCGUCGGAGUACCCAGGUUGGUGGCGUGCGGACAGAUGGACGGCAGUGCAGUGGCGAUGAGGUGCUGGCUCGUGGUGGCGCUCGUGGCGCUGUUGGCCGCCUCCUCGGACUCGCAGCUGCCGCCCCCGGGGUCGCAGCCCUACGAUGACCCCUUCUUCCAGCCGGCCGGCGUGCCGCCCCCGGGCGCGCCGCCCGGCGCCCUGCCGCCCCCGGGAGCGCUGCCGCCCCCGGGAGUGCUUCCGCCCCCGGGAGUGCUGCCCCCUGGAGGCCGGUCCCCCAACCUGCCGCCCUUCGACGUCAACUCCAACUUCAUCCCCCGCGACAACAGCCUGGGCGGCGGCAACUGGGACGGCGAUAACUGGUUCAACAACUGGCAGGGCAAUGCCAUCAUCAGAGAAGCCACCUACUUUGUUGUGGCCAGCAAGGUGGUGAGGCCUGGGCAGAUCUACACGGUGGCAGUGACUGUGCUGCACGCUCCACUGCCCAUCACUGUCAGAGCCUCCAUCGCGAGGAACAGGGUCGAGUUGUCCACUGACAGCAAGGACGUCAAGGAGGGCAUUCCAGAGAAGUUGAUCAUGAGGGUCCCACCAACAAGUGUUCCCGGUGACUACAAGCUGAGAGUGGAAGGUCUCUACGAUGGAGUCCUUGGUGGCAUAGCGUUUGUUAACGAAACCAAAGUUGUUUUCUCACAGAGGUCGAUGACUAUUUUUAUUCAGACUGACAGACCAGUUUACAUGCAAGGUCAAACAGUUCGUUUCCGUGCCAUUCCAAUUAAUACUGAAUUGCGACCUUUUGACGGAGCCAUUGAUGUGUACAUGCUUGACCCUAAUAGGCAUAUUAUGAGGCGGUGGCUCUCUAGACAGUCAAAUCUUGGUACUGUCAGUUUAGAUUACACACUGUCAGAUCAGCCAGUAUUCGGAGAAUGGAUUGUUCAAGUUAUUGCUCAGGGUCAGGUUGAAGAACAAAAGUUCCUUGUAGAGGAAUAUUAUCAAACAAGGUUUGAGGUGAAUGUGACAAUGCCAGCAUUUUUCUUUGAUUCUGACCGUUUCAUCCAUGGAACUGUAAUGGCCAACUACACCAGCGGUGGCCCAGUCAGUGGUAAUCUAACACUGAUGGCAGAAAUACGUCCUAAACCAAGACCUGGAUAUCCGCCUCUUCCCCCUAGAACUGUCUUUUUCCAUUUUGAUGAAUCGUAUCCCUUUUGGUAUCCAAGAGAAACCUUUGAGAACCGCUACAGGGGCCUGCCACACUUGAAAUUCUUUUAUGGAGUCUACCACUUCAGAUAUCCCAUAGCAGAAUUGCUGCCCUCCCAACUCACUGAAGAAGGGUUUGAGGUGACUGUGAAGGCAACUGUUGGAGAAAGAUUCUUGAAUGAGGUCAUAGAUGGGUACUCAACAUCUCGAAUUUACAAAUCAAGACUAAAAGUAGCAUUUAUGGGAGGAUCUCCACAAGUUUUCAAACCUCCUAUGCCUUUUAAAGCCUAUCUAGUUGUAUCUUUCCAUGAUGGCUCUACUUUGUCCAAAGUGCGAUUAUUUGGAAGUGACCUACGCAUUACAGCCACCAUUGACAUGUUCAAUGGAGGGACCAGGCGCCUGGACCCCAGAUCCAUGCCCAUUCAAGCUCAAGGGGAUGGUGUUUGGGAACUGAAAAUUGACUUGAAGUCUCAAUUGGGUCUUGAGAAGAACAAAGACUUUGAAUUAUCAAACAUCCGAUCUAUGAGGAUACAAGCUACAUAUCUCUCUCAAGGUGAUCGUGCCAUCACUGAAUUGUUGCUGCUUUCACAUUAUUCACCAAUGCACCACCACAUCAAAGUGUCCACCUCCACAAGCCAUGCCAGGGUUGGAGAGUACAUUAUUUUCCAUGUCCAGAGUAAUUAUUUCAUGGAAACGUUCAAUUACCUUGUGAUGUCAAAGGGAAUCAUUCUGUUGACUGGAGAUGAAAAUAUGCAGAACUCCAUUCGUACCUUUGCUGUGCCUUUGAGCGCCGAAAUGGCACCUGCUGCAACUAUUGUUGUAUACCAAGUUGGACGAUAUGGCGAUGUUGUAGCUGACAGCUUGACUUUCCCUGUCAAUGGAAUUUCUCGAAACAAUUUUACAGUUUUCAUUAACAAUCGUAAAGCAAGGACAGGAGAGCGUGUUGAAGUGGCUAUUUAUGGUGAGCCUGGUGCAUAUGUUGGUUUAUCUGGCAUAGACAGGGCUUUCUACAGCAUGCAAGCUGGCAAUGAAUUGUCAUAUUCCAAGGUUAUAGAGAAAAUGUCCACAUUUGAUGAAAAUACCAAUGGCACACAUGUUCACAGUUGGCUCUCUCAUGAGGGUCUUCCUGAUGACACAGUUUACUUCCCAUCAUCUACCUUUGGCAUUGAUGCUAAUAGGACUUUCGAAUACUUGGGACUUGUGGUGUUCACCGACAUCAUGGUGACUCGGCGCCCAGGGUUCUGCAAUGCCACCCUUGGCUUUGGAGAGUGUCUUGAUGGGCAGUGCUAUCCGUUUUUCAAGAAGUGCGAUGGCCAGUUGGAUUGUCAGGACGGAACGGAUGAGGCUGGUUGUCCUACUUACAAUCGGACUGAAAUUGGAUUGUUCCGCAAGUACCGUUUUAGCAGAAUUCAGAGACAGUAUGAAAAUGUCUGGCUGUACAAGGACAUCAAUAUUGGUCCGCACGGCCGGUUCAUAUUUGACGUUGAUGUACCUCAUCGUCCGGCCCAUUGGAUGGUCUCUGCGUUUAGUAUGAGUCCAACUUAUGGCUUUGGCAUGCUCUCUGCACCUUUAGAGUAUGUUGGUGUGCUUCCAUUCUUCAUAAAUGUUGAAAUGCCAACUGUGUGCCGUCAAGGUGAACAAAUUGGUAUCCGUGUCACUGUCUUCAACUAUCUGACUCGCAAUUUAGAAGCAACAGUUGUUCUUGCUGGGUCACGUGACUAUAAGUUUGUUCAUGUUGAAAUGAAUGGAAUUGUCCGUUCCUACAACCCUCGAACUUCAUUUGGAGAGCAUCAAUUCUUCAUUUUCAUCAGAGCUCAGGAUUCGGUUGUGGUUCAUGUUCCCAUUGUUCCAACGAAACUUGGAGACAUUGAGGUCACUGUAAUGGCAUCUUCCUUGAUUGGUAAAGACGUUGUUACCAGAAAGCUCCAUGUCGAAGCUGAUGGUCUACCACAAUACCGUCACCAGUCCAUUUUGUUGGAUCUCAGCACUCGCUCUUAUGUCUUCCAAUACAUGCAUGUCAACAUCACAGAGACUCCUAUUAUUCCUUAUGAGGAGGAUCGGUACUAUAUAUUUGGUUCCAACAAGGCCACAGUGUCUGUUGUGGGUGACGUAGUGGGUCCCAUUUUCCCCUCCAUGCCUGUCAAUGCGACAUCUUUGAUGAACCUUCCCAUGGACAGUGCAGAACAAUCAAUUUUCAGUUUUGCUGCACAUUUGUACACAACAAUGUACAUGCGUUACACCAAUCAGCGCAAUAGGCAACUUGAAAAGCAAUCUUUCCAUUUCAUGAAUAUCUUGUAUCAGCGUCAAAUGUCGUUUAUGAAAUGGGACGGUUCUUUUGGACUUUUCCGUAGUGACUGGAACCAAUCAGCGUCGAGUGUUUGGCUUACUGCCUAUUCAGUGAGAGUGCUUCAAGAAGCCAGCUUUUACGAGUGGGAAAACUACAUCUACAUUGAUCCUGAAAUUAUUUCGAAAGCUGUGUCUUGGAUUCUUCAGCAUCAAACUUACGAUGGUGCAUUUUAUGAAGUGACCUGGCUUCCUGACCGUAAAGUUAAUGAUUCUCUGCAUUGGCCUGAUGAUACUGUCACAUCAAGGAAUAUAUCUCUAACAGCUCAUGUACUCAUCACUUUGGAAACUGUAAAGGAUCUCACAGGGGGUCUUGGUGGUAAGGUCGCACUUGCUCAAAGCAAAGCCAUAUCUUGGCUUGAGAGGAAUAUACAGUUGUUGGACCAGUUUGGAGAACCAUAUGAAGUAGCUAUUGUUGCUUAUGCCCUCAUGUUGAGUAAGGCAGCCACUGCUGAAACUGCUUUUGGGAUUCUUGCAAGGCACAAAAGAGAAACAGAUGGACUAUUUUAUUGGGGUAAAGUUGAAGUGCCUGCUCCACCUCAGAAGCUAGAAAACCAGAAGCCCUUCUCCCUGCCGAGGUUGCCUUAUGAGUACGAUUCGAGUAACAUAGAAACCACAGCAUAUGCCUUGCUGGUGUAUGUGGCAAGGCAAGAACUCAUGAUGGACCGCAUUGUGAAAUGGCUCAAUGCUCAACGAUUGACUGACGGUGGGUGGGCAUCCACCCAAGACACAGCCAUGGCCAUGAAAGCUCUUAUAGAGUACACAAACCGUCAGCGCCUUCGUGAUGUGACUCAGAUAACUGUCACAGUGGAAGCUACGGCUUUGCCUGGUCAAACUAAGACCCUUCAUGUCAAUCCUAAAAAUCUUGCCACUUUACAGAAAAUUGAGAUUCCCGAAGCAUGGGGAACCGUCAAAGUUCAAGCUAAUGGUGCAGGUCAUGCCAUUCUGCAGAUGACUGUGCAGUACAACGUAGAUAUUGUCAAGUUCCAGACUCAGCCUCCUGUCAGAUCAUUUGACCUUCACACCAGAGCCAAUUUCCAUGGCAGAAAUCAGUCUCACAUUUCAUACACAAGUUGUCAGAGGUGGACAAAUUUCCAAGAAUCUUCACGAUCUGGAAUGGCUGUGCUAGAUGUUGCUAUCCCAACUGGCUAUAUUAUCCAGCAACAAAAGCUGGACUGGUACAUACGCUCCAGACAAGUGCGCAACCUGCAGAGAGCGCGCUUUUUAGAGCGAAAGGUCCUCUUCUACUUUGACUAUCUUGACACAUAUGACACGUGCAUCAACUUCACAAUUGAAAGAUGGUACCCUGUUGCCAAUAUGUCACGGUACUUGCCUGUUAGAGUCUAUGACUACUACUCCCCUGAACGCUUCAAUGAAAGUAUCUUUGACUCCUUGCCUACAUAUCUUCUCAAUAUUUGUGAAGUGUGCGGCAGCAGUCAGUGCCCAUACUGCCCUAUCUACAAUAUUGCAAACACGUUAGCUCAGCCAAUGUUCUGGACUUUAGUGUUGCCUGUUGCCAUAUCUCUGUUCCAUUUAUUAAGGCCGAACACAAUAGACGUAUUUACUAUACAGUGAAGGGAAUUCCAAAUUUGAUUAGUAUGUCAAUCUUAUUCAUGAUUCUCAGAGCUGGAAUGCUAAAGCGCAUUCCUAGUUUAAAAAUCUCAUUUUAAUGUUAGAAAACCUGACACCAGUCUAUUUAUUGAACUACUGUUACAAGAAUCUCGUUCCCUUAUGUUCAAUGUCUUUUAACUUCCUGUCUGAAUCACCUUAAAACACUUUAUUCCCUUCAUUAUUCUUAAAAUUUGAAAUGAGAGUAAUUACUUAUUGAACUUGUUUGCCAGUUCAUCUAGGUUUGACUUGUCUUGGGUCAGCAAAACCCCCAAAGACUGAAUUCUGAUCAAUUGUAAGAGUAAACAUUCAAGUUAAAUUGUUGAUGGGUUUUAACUUAAAUCAACAGUAGAUUUAGUAAGUCUGUCUGGAGAUAUGUCCUCACCAGAUUCCAUCCAUUCCUAAUCAUUUAUUCUUUUUGUAAGGACCCACAUUGUUUAGUUAUUAGGUAAAGCUAAAAAUCUCAUAUCAAACCAAUUUUUGUACCGCAUGUGAUCUUGAAUUCAGUCACAAGCUAUAAUAAUCAAAUUUGGAAGUGUUCUAUGUUACUGUAUUUAGAAUUAAAUUAUUGACCAAAUGAAGAGUUUAUUGAAAUUGUCAUAUCUUUUCUAUGUAUAUUAUUGAGUUGCCAUGUUUUAUUGUUUUGAAUUGGAUUUAUUUUAAUUUCCAUCCGUCAAUCAGACCUUCAUUUUUUUACGAAGUGGUGUACUAAAGAGCAUUGUCAAGUGUGAAGGACAAUACUGUGCCGCUUUUGUGUUCAUGCACUACUUUUGCCUAGAGUUACAAUUGGAAUGAAUAAGGGUGUGUGCCGUAAAUUUAAUGUAAUGGAUUCAGUUCUAUUUGAUAAUCUCCUCUUUCUUAUCUUAGCCCGAUAGUGCUUUGUUUUUAUUAUUAAUGAAAGUUUUUAGUUAACUUUAGUGUGCUUGGAAUCAAACUCUUCUUUUUUUUUCUUUUUUUUUAAAAAGAGAGUGCUGUGAAACAUGAGUAUGUAAGUGUGUAUAUUUUUCUGUGUAAGAUACAGAGAUGUAAUGUUUAUUACUGUUACAUGAGAUUUAUGAAGUAGGAAGACCUUAGUGAGGAAGUCAAAUGUUAAUUGUAUUUGUGGUCUGAUGUAGAAGUCAAUUCAUGGUUCUUCCAAGUUCCAUGGACAAAUUUUUCUCCCAUAUCCUGCAGGAUUAUUUUAUCACAUUAUUUUUGGAGGACUGUUGCAAAGUUUAGUUUUAGUCCCUAAAUCAGGACAAUCAUCACUCAAUAAUUUCCUUCAAAUUUUGUUCAUCUAAAUGCAUUAUGAACAAUCUGUAAAAAGCAAAAAGAUCUGUUUAAACUAUUCAAAAUCUUUUAUCCCUCUCGCUCAAUGAUAGCGUUUUAUAAAAUUUUUAAUACCUAUUUGUUUUGAAUGUUUUUACUCGAGCAACUUUGUGUUUGCUGCCUUUCAAGUGCCACACACAGUUUUUGAACAACUUUUGUACCUUUUAAGGAAUCCCAACUUAAUUCACAUUUUUAUACAUUUGUAUUUGUGUAUAAAGCAGAAAACUCUUUGGAAAGUUCAAUUAGUACUCUAUUUGAUGAUAUUUGUAUAAUUUUAGUAAAAUUGCCUUGCUGUACACCUGGUCAAAAACUGAUCACACAGCUAGAACAUUGUAGCUGUGUUCUAAUCGGUAUUGCACUGACAAGAGAUUUAUCAUGAAAUUAAUUCUGAAGUAGGGAUUAUACGGUGAAUCUUAACUUUAUAUUUGCACCAGUCAAGACUCGAGGAAUAGCAAGGUACCUAGGAUCUCGAAUGUAUUUAUGAUAGCUAGCCUUUAUGUUCUGUUUUUGUUUUGCUAUUUCUGUUGUAAUAUUAUCACGCCAAAUGAGGGGUGAAGCUGUAAUUGUUUCAUGCUAUGUGUACUGUAAGUCUUAUCAGAUUUUUAUCAUUCUUGUCAUGAGCUCAAAAUGUGAUGUUAUGUCUCUACUUCUGUAGACAUGUUGGUCUUAGCAAACCAGUUUGAUUAAACCUGACAAUAUUUCUUUUUCUUGAUUUUAAUUGAGGUUGUGCUAAGUAAGGGCUUCAUGCUGCAUUGAUACUUGCAGUAUUUACCAAACUUAAAUUGAAGUUUGACUUUUUAAGGAUUUUUGCAGCACAAGUGCGUUGUAGUCUGAAUCAUUAACCGUCCAAUAUAGAUAUUAGUUAAUCUUUUGUUACCUUUUUUAGUUCUUUUAUUCAUAAUUUACCAGUAGACUUGAAUCUCCAAGGGGGAUUCUAUUCAUUUCUCUACUUACCUGUGUCUGAUUUUGAAUCUCAAUAUAUUUGUACAAUUUAAUAUCCCUCUGCACGUGGUUAUUGUAAAUAUUCUGGAGAGGUAGUUCAUAUGUGAAAACACUGAAUCGGAAAUAAAUGUAAUGACGAACUUUU